UUUCUGUGAAGUAGAUGUUGUAAAUGGCGAGCUGCCGCACCUCAUUCUCUAUUCACAACAUCUUAAGUGAAGAGCUCGAUUCUCAGAGGGGUCUUCAGCUGUCUCGGGAGUACACCGCCGAUGACGUCUCCAGUCCCGAGCUCCUAUUCAAGACAGGCGGAAUGAGUUGUGCUCAGGACAGGAAUGAAGAGGAAAGCGGGAACAGCAGGAUUGUCCCCUGCCUGCUUGAUGCUGAUACAUCAUCUGACCGACAGUCCUGUGAAGAGGAAUCUACAGGAGAAGAAUGCUCACAUGCAGACAGCCAACAGGAGCUCGAGCUUCGCCUGCCGGACACUGACAGAGAGAAAGUGGACAGCUGUAAUUUCUCGUCUCACCCUCCUAAAUCGGGCAAGAAAAGGUCUCGCGCCGCCUUCUCGCACGCGCAGGUCUGCGAGCUGGAGCGGCGCUUUCACGUGCAGCGCUACCUGUCCGGGCCCGAGCGCGCGGACCUAGCAGGGGCCCUCAAACUGACCGAGACGCAAGUGAAGAUCUGGUUCCAGAACAGGAGGUACAAAACCAAGCGGCGGCAAAUGGCAGCCGAGCUGGCGGCGACCUCCACGGGCGCGCUGGCCAAGAGAGUGGCGGUGAGAGUGCUGGUGAAGGACGACCAGAGGCAGUACAGAGCCGAGGACCUGCACUCCCCGCACGUGCUGCCCUUCUACCAGUCCUACCAGUACUGCCCUUACAUGUACUGCAUCCAGCCUUGGCUGUCCAGCAACACGCUGAACGGGGGCCUAUACUGACAGCUCCAGCUCAGUGACACUGACUGCCAGACAAUCUUUCAUCAGGCCUACUGCAGUGGACACAGAGCGGUGUGGGGCAGUGUGUCCACUUGUGUGUGCUGUACAGUCGGGAAUAUUUCAAAGAAACACUCGCCUUGAGCCAUGACUUUUAUUCUGAAAAAAAAAAAAUCAAAAUUCAAUCUAACCGUAUUUCAGAGAAACAAGUAAGUGCCUAAACUAUUUUGUGUUACUAGUAAUCCUUCUGAUAGCAUGUAGGCCCUCUGAUUUAUUUCUGGUGCGAACGCGUUAAAGGUGUCAACAGUCUGAACUGCACACUGCACACUGACGGAGAAUCCGCUGGGUAAAACCUGGCUUUGGAGCACUGACCAAUAAAUUUAAGCCUAAAUCAACGGGAAAGUCAAAUGUCACUUUGCAUUUUAAAUGUGAGUUUAAAUGUGAUUUUGCAAAUGUUCAUUUGAAGCGACAUUUUGAGUGAGAGUGGUCAAAUAAAUUGUGGACGGCGUUGAUCCGACUAAUGUGGAGUGUUUUGAGAUAACUACAAGAUGUAGACUCGUAAGGACGUUAUAACAGGUCCAGACAGACUGUGGAGUAACAGUUUAAAAAAUGGUUUGUCUAAAGUGUUCGUUGUGUCACCGUCAAUGGCUUAAGCAUGAAUAAAUCCAGUCAGAGUAAUGACUCACUCAUCCAUUAACGCAAUAUAAUAAUCGCCAUCAUUUCAUAUAAGCGGUUACA